GGCGCCUAGGCGGCCCCUGGCCGCAGCUUCGUCGCGCGCACGCGGGGUGCGGGGCCUGGGGCUGCUUCGCCGAAGGGGUUGCUGAACUAACUCCAAGCUGGUGUAUAAAGUAUCCAAGCAGGCGCCGGCCCAAGAGCUGGAGUCACCAUGGCGGCCGGAGUUGCAGCCUGGCUGCCUUUUGCCCGGGCUGCGGCCAUUGGAUGGAUGCCAGUGGCCAACUGCCCCAUGCCUCUCGCCCCCGCCGACAAGAACAAGCGGCAGGAUGAGCUGAUCAUCCUCAAUGUGAGUGGGCGGCGGUUUCAGACUUGGAGGACCACGCUGGAGCGCUACCCAGACACACUGCUGGGCAGCACAGAGAAGGAGUUCUUCUUCAAUGAGGACACCAAGGAGUACUUCUUUGAUCGGGACCCAGAAGUGUUCCGCUGCGUGCUCAACUUCUACCGCACAGGAAAGCUGCACUACCCACGCUAUGAGUGCAUCUCGGCCUAUGAUGACGAGCUGGCCUUCUAUGGCAUCCUGCCCGAGAUCAUCGGGGACUGCUGCUACGAGGAGUACAAAGACCGCAAGCGGGAGAAUGCCGAGCGCCUCAUGGAUGACAACGACUCAGAAAACAACCAGGAGUCCAUGCCCUCGCUCAGCUUCCGCCAGACCAUGUGGCGGGCCUUCGAGAACCCCCACACCAGCACGCUGGCCCUGGUCUUCUACUAUGUGACUGGCUUCUUCAUUGCUGUCUCAGUCAUCACCAAUGUGGUGGAGACGGUGCCGUGUGGCACGGUGCCAGGAAGCAAGGAGCUGCCCUGUGGGGAGCGCUACUCAGUGGCCUUCUUUUGCCUGGACACAGCCUGUGUCAUGAUCUUCACGGUGGAAUACCUCCUCCGGCUCUUCGCAGCGCCCAGCCGCUACCGCUUCAUCCGCAGUGUGAUGAGCAUCAUUGACGUGGUGGCCAUCAUGCCCUAUUACAUCGGCCUGGUCAUGACCAACAAUGAAGAUGUGUCUGGGGCCUUUGUCACACUCCGGGUCUUCCGAGUCUUCAGGAUCUUCAAGUUUUCCCGCCAUUCCCAGGGCCUGCGGAUCCUGGGCUAUACCCUGAAGAGCUGUGCCUCUGAAUUGGGCUUUCUCCUCUUCUCCCUCACCAUGGCCAUCAUCAUCUUUGCCACUGUGAUGUUUUAUGCAGAGAAGGGCUCCUCUGCCAGCAAGUUCACAAGCAUCCCAGCCUCUUUCUGGUACACCAUUGUCACCAUGACCACACUGGGAUAUGGAGACAUGGUGCCUAAAACAAUUGCAGGAAAGAUCUUUGGCUCCAUCUGCUCCCUGAGUGGUGUCCUGGUCAUUGCCCUGCCAGUCCCUGUGAUUGUUUCCAACUUUAGCAGGAUUUACCACCAAAAUCAGAGAGCUGAUAAACGCAGAGCACAAAAGAAGGCCCGCCUUGCCAGGAUCCGUGUGGCUAAAACAGGAAGCUCCAAUGCCUACCUGCACAGCAAGCGAAACGGGCUCCUCAAUGAAGCACUGGAGCUAACGGGCACCCCAGAAGAGGAGCAGAUGGGCAAGACCACCUCACUUAUUGAGAGCCAGCACCACCACUUGCUCCACUGCCUGGAAAAGACCACUGGGUUGUCCUAUCUUGUGGAUGAUCCCCUGUUAUCUGUACGAACCUCCACCAUCAAGAACCAUGAGUUUAUUGAUGAACAGAUGUUUGAGCAGAACUGCAUGGAGAGCUCAAUGCAGAACUACCCAUCCACACGAAGUCCCUCACUGUCCAGCCACCCGAGCCUCACUACCACCUGCUGCUCCCGUCGCAGUAAGAAGACCACACACCUGCCCAAUUCUAACCUGCCAGCCACUCGCCUGCGCAGCAUGCAAGAGCUCAGCACGAUCCACAUCCAGGGCAGUGAGCAGCCCUCCCUCACUACCAGUCGCUCCAGCCUUAAUUUGAAAGCAGACGACGGACUGAGACCAAACUGCAAAACAUCCCAGAUCACCACAGCUAUCAUCAGCAUUCCCACACCCCCAGCACUAACCCCAGAGGGGGAAAGUCGCCCAGCCCCUGCCAGCCCAGGCCCCAACACGAACAUUCCUUCCAUAGCCAGCAAUGUUGUCAAGGUCUCUGCCUUGUAAAACCACUGGACAGAGGGCCGGGGGGUAGUGGGGAGUGAAAGGGGGCUGGCAUGUUGGUGGGUGGCCACUUUAUGGGACCACUCCUUCCCCUUUCCCCACAAUUUCUGCCUGGCAGAGGCACCCCUAGCACUGAGACUUGUGCCUGGAAGGGAAAAGAGGCCUCAAGGGGCGUCUGAGGCUCCCGCUGCUGGCGUGGACACUGCCCUGUGACACUGCUUCUCACUGGGGCCAGAUAGAAGGGAGGGAGGGUGGGUAGGGGGUGUGGGCUGCCUGCCAGGACAGGGCUGGAGAGGGGGCUUCAAACCAAAUAAUUGUUUCUGGAGACCCCAGUGAGGAAAACACAAGACCAAGAGCAGCACAGAGGCCAAGUCGUCACAUGCAAAACAGGAAGAAAAUAUAACACUGUGUAUUUAAGCACCUUUUUCAAGGCUUUUAAUGGAUAAUAUUUAUUCAUGGGAAAAGGUGGAAAACAAAAACACCAACGAAUUUUUGUGAAAUGUUUUUCUCCAUGGACCCAGCACCUUUGAACCAAAACAAUGCAUUUUGUGAGGGUUUUUUUUUUUUUUCUCUUUCUCUCUCUCUCUUUUUAUAGCAGAAGCUUUUAGGCUCACAGUCAGUUAGAGCUGAGCUCUCUCUCCAUUCCCCCAGGUGGGUGAGGUCAACAGCCUGGGCCCUCACUGCUCAGCUGACCUGCACAGAGCUGCCAGGUGACCACACUGCAGCCCUUACACUAUGUCUGUCCUUGUGUCCUUCAUUUCUCCAUGUACCUCUCUGCUUCCCCCUGGCUGUUUCCUUUGUGUCCAACCAUUCAUCUCUACAUGGAUCCAGUGAUCCUGAGACAUGCUAGUACAGCUUUCUCCGUCACUGCCAAGCACUAGAGACUUAUGCCUGGGGGGUACAGUUGCGUGAAUACAAAUGCAGAAGAGAGAAAUGGACCAAAGAUGGGGAGAGCUUAGGGGUAAGGAGAGUCCACUUUAGGAACAAAGAUGCUUCUCUGUGGUUGAAACCACCAUUGUUUGCUAUUUCCAUUUCUGGGAAGAAAGGGAAUAGACAGAUUCAUCAUACUAGGAUCAUGAAAAAGAAAAUAUCAACUCCUGAAAAGCUGUCCCCUCUGGUGUCGACCAGAAAAGUGAGGAUAGAACCCAGGGCUCACAGCUGCAGGAGCCCUCUGGCACCCUGCUAUGUACCUUCUUUCAGGAUCGACGAUAAAGCCCAACCAGAGCUCUGCUAAAAGGCCCUAUGCACAGUUUCUUCCAAAGGACAGUGGGAUGGGACUAAGAGUCUUAUUUCUCUUAUCUCCCACCUGAGGCAACUCGCAUGUGGAGGUUGUAGAAGGUUAGACCUGAGUGCUUCGUGAAGGAUAUUUAAAAGCAUGAAAGCAAGUAAGAUUCUAGGUGAUUCAUACUUGGUCUGAAAGAUGACUUGAUUUCUGAAGUAUCUUCAGGCCUGAUCUCUGAAGGUAGCUGAAAUAGGGGAGAACCUGAUCGUUUCUGUAAAGUGAGAGAGUGAAGAUUAUUUCUUCAAAACAUAGACAGCAUUUUUAUUUCUGUAGCUUACACCAUAGUGGGCCUGGGAAUGGGAUUUUUGGAAUAACCAUUUUCAUUGCUUAUCGCAGAGAAGGUGGGCCUCAAGGUUAAGGACAAGCCCUCUCCUGCCCUCCCCAAUCCCCAGUUACCCCACUGCAAUCUCUGUAGCCUGGGCUCUGAUAUACACAAGCUCCCAGAGCUCCUUUUCAGUUCUACAGCUUAGUGGUUAGUUGUUAAAAUUAUAGGCGAGGAAUUUCUCUGCCUACCAUAGCCAUCUAGAUGAGUUUCACUAGCCAGGAACCUAAAAACACCCUCAUCUGGCUUCCCAAUGAUCCUAGCUCAAGUGACCCUGUAGGCAGAGAAAGUCAAAGGGUUUUGCAGUGGCACCUUACAGGAAGGUGGGCAGAAGGGCAGAGGAGAGGGAGCCAUCUUUUUAUCUGCAUCUCCCUGUGCUAAUCCUCAUUGACCACUGACAGUCCUUUCUCUGGGUCUAGCCUUAAAGAUUUCCCCUUAACAUAGGAAUGGGGCAGUUCUUGCCUUCUAAGCAUUGGUCAAAGAAAGCAUAAAAGUAUUACCAUACAACUAGAGGAAGACAUGUACACACACACACACACACACACACACACACACACACACACACACAA